AUGGGGAAGAUAUCGAAAAAGAACGCCAAGGGGCGUUUGGAUAAGUACUACUACCUUGCCAAGGAGAAGGGGUACCGUGCCCGGUCCUCGUUCAAGAUCAUCCAGAUCAACGAGAAGUACGGCCACUUCCUCGAGAAAUCCAAGGUCGUCAUCGAUCUUUGUGCCGCCCCCGGGUCGUGGUGUCAGGUGGCGUCGCUGUUGUGUCCGAUCAACUCGCUCAUCAUCGGGGUCGAUAUCGUGCCCAUCAAGCCACUCCCCAACUGUAUCACUUUCCAGUCAGAUAUCACUACUGAAGACUGUCGGUCUAAGUUGCGCGGUCAUCUCAAGACGUGGAAGGCCGAUACCGUGUUGCACGAUGGUGCUCCCAAUGUGGGUCUUGGGUGGGUGCAAGAUGCGUUCACUCAGUCGCAGUUGACGUUGCAAGCCCUUAAAUUGGCGGUGGAAAACUUGAUCGCCGGGGGUACUUUUGUCACCAAGAUUUUCCGGUCGCGGGACUACAAUAACUUGAUGUGGGUGUUCCAGCAGUUAUUCGACAAAGUCGAGGCCACCAAGCCGCCGGCGUCGCGUAACGUUUCCGCAGAAAUCUUCGUGGUGUGUCGGGGGUUCAAGGCGCCGAAGAAGCUUGACCCGAGAUUGUUGGACCCUAAGGAAGUAUUUGAAGAGUUGGGUCAAGAAACCGUUAACAACGAAGCUAAGGUGUUUAACCCCGAAGUGAAGAAGCGUCAUCGUACCGGGUACGAAGAAGGCGACAACUUAUUGUACCAUGAAAAAAAGAUGAUGGAUUUCAUCCGUGAAGAUGACCCUAUUAAUCAGUUGGGUGGACUUAAUAAGCUUGUGAUUCCGCUGAGAGAAGAGAUUAAAGAUGAAGAGAAUAAGGAUGAAGACGUGGUACAGUGGCGAGUACUCCGCAAGCUUAAGACUUGUACCCCUGAACUUUUAGAGUGCUUAAAGGAUCUUAAAGUGUUGGGGAGAAAGGACUUUAAACAGAUCUUGCGGUUCCGCAAACAGGCGCGUGAAUUGUUAGGUCUUGACGUCGAGGAAAAGGUGGAAGUUGAGGAAGUUGAAUUAGAUGAAGAGGAAAAGAUCGACCGUGAACUUCAAGAACUCAAAGAGAAGCAAAGAUUAAAGCGUCGUCGGGAGAAGAAACAUGCCAACGAAGCUAAGCAAAAGGAAAUCGUCCGUAACCAGAUGAAUAUGUUGACCGAUAUGAACAUUGGUUUAGAAGCGGCCAACAUCGGUGCCGAGACCUUGUUCAAUUUGAACACGGCGAAGAAGACGGGGAUCAUCGACAAGUUGCUGGCGGGUAAAAAACGGAUGGUGCUUGACGACGCCGAAGUCAACCUCAACAACGACAUCCACAUCGACGAGGACCUCGCCGCCGCCGAGGCCAACCUGGGGGAUGAGCUCGACGGGCUCGAAGCUCAGUUGGACGACAUGUACUCCCAAUACAAGGAGCGUCGGGCCGAGCGCGACGCCAAGUACCGGGCCAAGCAGGCUCGUGGUGACGACGACGACGAGGCGUGGGACGGGAUCCAGCUGGAGGACGAAGAAGAUGACCGGGGCUUGAAAGAUGACGACCUGGACUUCUCUGACUCUGACGACGACGAACACAUCCAGCGUAUUGUCGACGCCAACCACCGCAAUAAUCUCUCGAAGAAUGCCAAGAUGUUCUUUGCUGCCAACGACGUGUUCAACGGGGUUGACGAUGACGCGUUGCUUGCACAAAUGACCAAGGGCAAGGACAAUGCUCUGGCCACUGCUACUGCUACGGCCACGGAAUUGACUGCCAACGGUACCAGUAACGGCUCCAAGACCACCACGGAAAAUGCCGAUGACAGCGAAGAUCUGGACUUUGAAGUGGUUGACGGCGAGCGCGAAUACCAAGCUGGUCCUCAAGGCUCUGACCUGGAGGAUGAGGACGUUGACGACCACUACGAUAAGUCUCUGCACGCCGACAAGGUGGACUUGGCCACGGUGGAGGCGAUGACGUUGGCUCACCAGGUGGCUCUCGGCAAGAUGAACAAGCACGACCUUAUCAACGAAGGGAUCAACAAGUACUCGUUCCGUGACCACGACAACUUACCGUCAUGGUUUGUUGAGGACGAAAAGCGUCACUCGAAGAUCAUUAAGCCCAUCACUAAGGAAGCGGCCAACGCCAUCAAGGAGAAGCAGAAGCAGCUCAAUGCUCGUCCCAUCAAGAAGGUGUUGGAAGCUCAAGGGCGGAAGAAGAUGCGGGCGUUGCGGAGAUUGGAAAAGCUCAAGAAGAAGCUGGAUCUUAUUAACGAAGACCUGGCGAUGCUGGAGCGCGACAAGCUGGACGAGAUCUCGAGAUUGAUGCGCAAGUUCACCAAGAAGCAGAAGACUAAGCCCAAGGUGACGGUGGUGAAGGCGUCUGGUUCCAACCGGGGGCUUUCCGGCCGGCCUCGCGGGAUUAAGGGUAAGUAUAAGAUGGUGGACGGGGUGUCUAAGAACGAAUCGCGGGCGUUAAGAAGAAUUGCCAAAAAGAAGGGCAAGAAGUAA